UGCCAUAGCAGCAGCUAUGGUAUAAAGGUAGCUGUACAUCUUCGUGGUCUAGCACUUCAUUCUCUGUGCACCAGCGUAUCUGUCUGAUCACUUUGUUUUGCACAAGCCAGCCGAAUACAGCCGUCAUAUGUAUCUGCAGUUUGGUACACUCUUCUUGGUCGUUAGUACCUUGACUAGUGCAGCCAGUCCAAAUCCUAGUGCGAUUGAUACGGGAUGUUCUGUCGAUUUUGACAGAAUUGUAGAAGAUAUCAAUGGGAGAAAGAUUGAUUGUGGAAGAYUGUAUCCAUGGCACCAAGUUAGCGGUUCCCUCGUUCCCAAAAUCCAAUAUACAAUGGCUUUGAAGGACAAGAAGUACACUGUAGCCAUGAUCGAUCCUGACGCACCAUCUGGCUGCGCACCGAUGAUGAGAAGCUUUCUACACUACUUGGCUGUGAAUGUUAAGGGGAGUGUUUUAAGGAAAUUGGUCAGUCUCACUAGUCCUAAAAUGUCCCCAAGAGUAUCGUACAUGCCGCCUGGUCCUCCACGYUAUAGCGGUCUACAUCGGUACAUAAUUUAUGUAAUGCAACAGCGCGAUGGCAAACGUAUUGCUCCUAAGCUUGGCAAAAGGUCGUCGGAAAAUUUUGAUAUUAAGGGUAUCAAAAAGCAAAUGAAGGCAAUGAUCAAAACCGGCAAUCCUGUUGUGAAGAGGAUACGCUUCGAUAUUGAUAAAUUUGYCAAAAAAUAUAAGCUCAGCAUUGUGGGUUCCAAUAUGUUUAUAACAAUGUGGGAGAAUCAGAAUUAAAGGUAGACAGUGGUGCCCUAAUGUACCUUGAGCUGAUAUAAAAUGGCAUUAYUUACGAUAAAUAGUAUUGUAGAAUAGCUGAUUACUGUCAUUGAAAAAUAAAGGCUUUACUGAAGAACUGGCUGA